AUGGAUGUCAAUACAUUACUGCAAUGUUUUGCUUGCACGCUGGAUCAUGAUGCUGGUAUAAGGGCCGAUGCCGAGCGACACUUGAAGCAGGCAAGUUGCCAACCUGGUUUUUUGGGGGCCUGUUUGGACAUCAUUGCCUCUAGUGAAGUACCAUUGAAUAUAAAGAUGUCAGCGUCCUUGUAUUUCAAGAAUAAGAGCGUUUAUGGAUGGAGUGGUAAGCACAUCGGAAAGAAUGAGUUGCUGGAUUAUGAGAUCGAUAACGAUGAAAAGCCCGUAGUCAAAGAUGCAUUGAUCAAAGCUAUGUUACAAUGUUCGAAGACCUCUCCAGGGUGCAUUAGGGUACUGAAAUCGGCCUUAGCGGUCAUAAUAGGCGAAGAAUAUUCUCAAGGUAGAUGGGAUUCCUUACUCUCCGAAUCCUUGGGGCUGCUCACCGCUAGUGACAUUGAUCUUGCAUACGUGGGGCUCAUAUGUCUGUCUGAGAUCUUUAGAAGUUACCGUUGGAAGGAAAACGACGCUAGACAAGAGUUAGAACAUAUGAUUCUCCAAUAUUUUCCUGAUCUGCUCAGCUUUGCGAAUGACAGCCUUUUACAAGAUGGGAAAAAUAUGAAUAAUCCGAAGAUAGGUGAAAUGGUGAAAUUAAUAUUGAAGAUCUAUAAAUUUGUUACCUACCACGACUUGCCCUUCACAUUACAAAGAAGUGAGAUGUUCAUACCAUGGGCAAAUUUUUUCGUUUCUGUGAUUCAGACGCCUUUACCAGAAGAAGUUUUAUCCAUUAGUGACACUGAUACCAGGUCGCUCAAUCCUUGGGUGAAAUGUAAGAAAUGGUCGUACGCAAUUCUCUACAGACUUUUUCAAAGGUACGGGUCAGACUCUCUCACAAAAAGAUUUAAUUACGACGAGUUCAAGUCACUUUUCAGAGACCAAUUUUUACCACACUUUCUCCAACUCUUAUUUCAACAGGUCGAAUUGUGGGGAAGUAACCGCCUAUGGCUGAGUAAUGCAUCAGUUUAUUACAUACUAUCCUUUAUUGAGCAGACAAUUGUUCAAAAGCAUACUUGGAAGCUGAUUAAAGAGCAUUACAACACCAUACUACAGCAUAUAAUAUCGCCGCUGCUUACUCCAAACGAGGACAUGCUCGACAGUUUUGAAAAUGAUCCUCAGGAAUAUAUCCACCGAAAUUUGGAAUUAUGGGAUGAUAGCUAUUCUCCUGAUCUCGCGGCUUCGUCGCUAUUAACUACAUCAGUAACCAAACGUGGCAAAACAACAUUGGAGCCCACCUUACAGUUUGUCAUUCAAACUUUGCAGGCCAAUAUGAGCACCAUCGAGAAUAUGCCACUUGAGAAUGCGGUCAAAGUCGAGUCCUCUUUAAGAAUCUUCUCGUGCAUUAUUGAUCGUUUGACCGUUAACAAUUCGCCUUACUUGGGUCAAAUGGAAAGCUUCAUGAAGGCUUUUGUUUUCCCAUUUUUCAGCUCCCCUCAUGGUUUUCUAAGGACUCGUGCUUGCGAGAUAUGCUCAAAGGCCGGAGAAGUGCAAUUCGAAGAUUCAACUGUUAUUGAAGUCAUCUACAAGGGGAUCAUGCAGUGUCUCAAUGAAGAAACAGGCUGUCUCCCUGUUCAAUUACUUGCAGCAUUAGCUUUACAGACUUUCAUUCACAAUGAACAAUUUCAACAGGCCCUUUCAGCAGUUGUUUUACCCACGAUGCAGAAAAUGUUGUAUCUAUCAAAUGAGUUUGAAUCGGAUACGAUAUCAGGCGUUAUGCAAGACUUUGUGGAACAAUUUGCGGAACAAUUGCAACCAUUCGGUGUCGAGUUGAUGAAUACUUUAGUACAGCAAUUUUUGAAGCUUGCUAUUGACCUCAACGAUGUUGCAAAUACAGAGGCUAAUAACAUCUUGGAUGCUGACGACGUUCCUGAUGAAACCGAUAAACAGAUGGCUGCGUUGGGUAUUCUUUCUACGACAAUCUCCAUCUUACUUUCGUUCGAAAACUCUCCAGAGAUCGUGAAAAAUCUAGAGCAAUCUUUCUACCCAGCCGCCGAGUUCAUUUUAAAGAAUGGCAUUGAAGACUUUUACCGCGAAUGCUGUGAAUUUGUUGAGAACUCUACCUUCUUGCUGAGGGAAAUAACCCCUAUCUCAUGGAAGAUAUUGGAGCUAAUUGGCGAGGCUAACAGGAAGGAGGAGAGCAUGGUAUCCUUUUACCUGGAAGAUUUUAUGUUAGUUUUCAACAACUAUACGAUUUAUGGGAAGGACGAAUUGAAAAAAAAUGAAUUUUACACAAACAUAAUCUGGGAGGUUUACAGGAAGUCAUCUAUCAGCGAAGAAAGUGAUUUAGACGAGCUAAUUAUUGUCUUCGAUCUUGCUCAGAAAUUGAUUCUGGCUUUGGAAGGUAACCUUCAGGCUUCUUAUAGGCAGCAAUUUUUGGAAGAUGCGAUAAAGAGUAUUGUCGUCGAGAAAGAAACAUUGAAAAAGAAUAUAAUUUUCGGUGUCACUGCCUUCAAUGUAAUAAUUUCCAGCAUAGUAUCAUCGCCUCUCGUUAGUCUUCAAUUCUUAAAGCAUCAUGAGUGCUUGCAAUUUUUCUUCGAGAUGUGGCUCUCCUUUUACGCUCCUAAUGUCAAGAGAAUUUUCGACAUAAAGCUUUCCAUUUUAGCAUUGUUGAGCAUUAUUUGUCAGGUACCGUUAGAAGCAUUUUCUGAGCUCUCGAUGGAAUCUACUGUCCAGCACUUGACGCCAAUCAUGCUCGAACUGGUCUCGAGGGUCCCAGGUGCUUUGAAAAACAUGGAAGAAAGACGUAAGGAGUACUCAUCUGAUUCCUUCAAGCCGGAAGCUUUCAACGACUGGGAAAACGAAGAUGAUGCUUAUGACGACAAUGAAGAAACUGGCGAAGAAGCGCUCAAAGAACAACUUGAACUCCUGAAGGGUGAUUCAGAUGUUCUUAAGUUCGUUAAUGGCCGCUCCUUUGAAGAUGGGGAGAAUUUCGACGACUUGGAAGAGGAUCCCCUCACUGGCUCUAUCCUUGACUCUAUCAACAUCUACGAAGUACUUAAGACAUCAAUGAUGAGCUUACAACAGUCAGACCUGAACAGGUACGCGUGUUUUGUUAAGAACAUGCCCCCAGAAGAUCAAACUCUUCUCUCGCAAUUGCUCAGCUUGUAG